GUCUAGCUCAAAUACUUCCAAUCAUAGUUUGAUGACUGAUACCUUGGCUGCGACUGUUAGUAAUGGCCUUACCUCAGCUUCGCAUGAGAUUCCUGUGACAGUUGGAAAUAAUGGUGUGGCUGUAAUGAUGCAUCAGCAUAAUGAUUCUGCGAGCACGUCUGUUGCUCCACGCGCAAUGAACCUCAACAUGGCUGAGACAUUGGUUCAUGGUCCACCUCGUUCUCACACACCUCCACAAUUAUCUGUUAGUACUCAAAAGCUUGAAGAGUUGGCUCUUAAGCAAUCUCGGUUAUUAAUUCCCAUGACACCGUCCACACCACGGUCUCUGGCUGCUAGCUCUUUUGAUAAAUUGAAGGUCAAGACACGGCAGCUUGAGUAUCCCUUUUCACAUUCUCAUUCACCAAGUCAUUCUCAACAUGGUGCACAUCCAAGUUCACAAAUACAGAAGACUACUUCUGGUAAUUCCUAUGAUGUAAGUGCUUCACGAGAAUUGAAUGGUGUCUCUUUGGCUGCAAAGGACAACUUGAGUCCCAAUGGAAGUAGAGUAGUGCUUAGUAAUGCAACCACUUCUGCAUGGAUAACAUUAGAGAAAAGACCUACUUUUCAAACCCAGAGUAGGAGUGAUUUCCUUAAGAAUCUCUCAAAGAAGAGUUCCUCAAAAGACACGUCUUGUUCCUUGGAGAAUUCUGAAGCCAGCACAAGGAAUGACACUAACUGUCUCACUCAAAAAUCUAGAGAUGCCCCUCUGGUAGAUAUUUCGGUUGUGAACUCCUUGACUGAACACAGCUCCAAUAUAACUGCUCAAAAUGGCAAUGUUCUAGGCGAACCAUUGAAAUAUUCAAGCAACGAAGAACAGCAAUAUAUCACCAAACCAAUUUUCCAUUCAGAAGAUGAAGAGAUUGCAUUCUUGCGUUCACUUGGGUGGGAGGAAGGUAGCGAAGAUGAUGAAGGCCUCACUGACGAGGAGAUACGGGACUUCUAUGAGAAGUACGGGAAAUUGCAGCAAUGAUCAAAUACUAGGGGAUGCGGUGGAGUAACAUCAGGCUUGAGAUCAUAUGCUUAUGUGAAUUAUAUUUAGAAUUUAGAACUAUAUUGCAGGAUUUGGAAUAUGAAAGUGAUAGGUGAGAAUAGAUGUGCAUUUACUGUUUUUCUUUAGCUUAAAAUAGGUGUUAUAAGUAGCUGAAAAGGGACUAUAAGGAAGUUAUAUUUUUUUCCUCUGUUCUCCAAUUCUUAGAGAUAUUUACUCGAGCCUUCUAGUUAGAUUUUAGAAGUUGUUUCCAUUCUUCAUUGUCUUAAGAUAAAUAACAGAGCAAAAUAAUGUUUAUUUUGAUUCUUUCCUCAUCUUUA